AUGAACGCGUGUCUCUCCCUGGUAGUCUUUACUGCAAAUGUCUUGGCUGUUACGAGCCCAGGCUCUGCUAAAACGGGAUCGAUUCCGGUGGACUUGACCUCAUACUUCAAUAACAAAGGCUUUGGAACAUACCCUGGCGAGGCCAACUUCAAUGGCUUGAACGAAUCAUACCCAGCUCCAGACUUCGAUGUAUCACAGUACACAUCUAGUGAGACUGGUAUAGUAUACUCGCUCGCAGGCUACACCGGUCCCGACAAGCCGGACAAUAUCGUAUGCAGCGGAGAGACCAUUAACGUGCCUCCCGGGUCUUAUUUCUCGGCGUCUUUCCUCGUUGCCGCGGAUUUGAUAGAUUCCAGCGUAUCUGCGAACGCCACGCUCACCUAUACCGACAACAGCACAUCGGUCUUUGAGCUACGCAGCUUGAACUGGUUCAGCUUCUUGACCAUCAACCGUGGCGAGGUCAUCUUUCCCAGUCGAUAUACAGAAGAUGGCGUGAACCAUAACGGAUCACACAUCUUUGAGCGCGUAACUUCCUUGGCGGCCGGCAAGCAAUUGAGCUCCAUAACGCUGCCUGACACCACCAAUGUGACCGAAGGUCGGCUGCACGUUUUCUCUGUAUCCUUGUGGCAAGGCUCGGCCUCCCUGGAGGUCCAAACCGUUCGGCCGACGCAGAAAUGGCUCGAGGAUGGAGUUCAAGCCGUGGAGGUAACGCUCAAUAAUGCUGGUUCGCAGUGCGUUUCGGGAGAUCUUGCUGUUUCCAUCACGGGGGACUGCAUAGAGACGAAGAACCCGGGGAAACUCAGGCGUCUGUGCCCCGGUGACCAGAAGACCGUCACUGUCGGGGUUGCGGGAUCCUCAAAUGGAUCAACGACCGCCGAUGUUAUCAUCGACGAUGGCAAGACCCAGCAGAGAUUCGCCGUGGAUGGCCUGGAGUUUGGCUUUCUUACUUGGUCCUCUGACCUAGAUGUACUUGCUAAACAUGAGAGCCCUGAAUGGUUUGACGACGCCAAGUAUGGCAUCUUCAUUCACUGGGGACCUUAUGCUGUGACUGGUUGGGGCAAUUCGACGCCCUAUGAGAGCUAUGCUGAGUGGUUUUGGUGGUACUCGACUCAUCAUCCACAGGCUGAUAGAUCUGACUUCUAUGACUAUCGCCUAAGGACCUAUGGUCCUGAGUGGGUUUAUGAUGAUACCUUUCCUGAAUUCAAUGCGUCGAAGUUCGAUCCGAAGAUGUGGGUUGACUUGAUUGCUGAUGCUGGUGCCAAAUAUUUCGUCAUCACAACAAAGCACCAUGACGGAUUUGCCAUAUUUGAUGCUGGUAACACCACUAAUCGAUCCUCUCUGCACUAUGGCCCAGGACGUGACCUCCUCGGAGAACUGUUCGAAGCAGCAGAAACAUACCAGCCAACCCUGAAACGAGGAACUUACUUCUCGUUGCCCGAGUGGUUCAAUCCAGACUGGGCCCCGUACGGUUUUGAUCAGUUCAACACAAGCUCGACGACCUCUUGGACCGGAGGUCUAGCAACCAACCCUUAUACGGGGGUUAAAGAGCCGUACACGGGUCACAUCCCUGUCAACGAUUUCAUCACUGACAUAAUGGUGCCCCAGAUGGAAACCCUGGCCUAUCAAUAUGGUACCGACAUCAUGUGGUGUGACUGCGGAGCUUCCAACGGAACCGCAGGGUUUGCUGCUACUUGGUGGAACGAGGCGAAAUCCCAAGGCCGCCAGGUUGCCAUCAACUCUCGGUGCGGCAUCGCCGCCGCAGCUGACUUUGAUACCCCUGAGUACCAGACCUUCUCGUCCGCCCAGCACCGGAAAUGGGAGUCGAACCAGGGCAUGGAUCCGUACAGCUACGGAUACAACCGAGCGACGCCUGAUGAGUUAUAUAUGAAUGCAAGCACCAUCAUCCACACGCUGGUAGACAUGGUGUCCAAAAACGGAAACCUGCUCCUGGACAUUGGACCUCGAGCGGAUGGCACCAUCGUCGAGGCCGAGGUGAACAACCUGCGCGAGGCAGGUGUUUGGAUCCAGGCCCAUGAGGAAGCUAUCUUCAACACCACGUACUGGUUUGUCCAGAGUCAGAUUGUGGAUGGCGCCAACGUGCGAUUCACCCAGACGGACGAUGCGAUCUAUAUCCUCUUCUUGGAGAAACCAGUAGCAUAUGACGGCAAGGUGAGCGUGGCAGCUCCAGUCCCUAUAUUGGCUGGGGAUUGCGUGAGCCUACUGGCGGUUGACGGUGGCGAAGCAUUGGCCUGGGAGAUUUCUGGGCAAGGCGAUGACUCGGAGCUCUUAAUUACCAUCCCUGAGGGCUUGCUUGAGAAGGAGGAUUUCUGUUGGGUUUUCAAAAUCUCCUAUGUUUGA